UUUCAGCUCUGAGCGUCUGCAGACGCGGUGUCUCUUCUAACUUUCUCUUCUUUCUAGUUUCUUCUUUCAUUUUUUUUUAUUAUUAUUUUUCGUUGCUGUUUCUUCACAUUUACUGCCCCCAACAAGAAACCAUCCUAAAACAAGUGCUAAUAUUUUAGUUCCCUUAAAAAUCUACUAGUCUUAAUUUAAUCCCGAACAUCGAACGAACGAAAGCUGAUGCAAUGAAGCCAACAAAAACGACGAGUUCGUUUACACGGAAGAUGAUGAUGGCCUCGGAGCCGGCCAAUGGUAACAGCUUGCCGUCGGUCAUCCUGGGGUCGUCUUCGACGGUGGGAACCAGUUCCGCCUCUAAAUCCACGUCUAGUCUGACGCUCCGCGAGCAGCAGCACCAUCAAAACGUCGAAGGAGUCAAAGAGCGAAAAGAGCGACAGAUGCGUCGCUUGGCGGCCGAAAUGGACGACCAACGAUCAAAAUUCGAACGCGACAAGGCGGAAGCGCUGAACCAUCAAAAGGAGGCCAUGAACCGCGCCUUUCGCGUCCAACUGGCCAAAUUGCUCAAAGAGAAGGAGGAGCUGCAACGUAAAUGUCAGACGCUGAUGCAACAGUCGAAGGAACCGAAUGGCAAGAUCCAAUCAAACGGGAUGACAACAGCAGCCGCCAGCCAAGCAGCCGCCGAAACGAUGAAGUUAAUUCACGAAAAUGCCAUUCUGCGCAACGAAAAAAAGAAACAAGAAGAACAAUUACAGAUGAUGAAGGAAAGUGAGCAGCACCGGUUCGAAAAUAUGCGAAGUCUAUUGGAUGACAAGGCCCGCGAGCUGAUAACGUUCCAGAAGCAGUUACGUCAACAAAUCGCCCGUUUGCGUGAGGAAUCCAAAACCAAAGAUCGCGUCAUUUCUCACCUGGAAUCCGAGCUGCGCAUGCAAACCGGACGGGCCCAGCAAUUCCGCGACAUCCUCGAACAAUCCCUACUCACGGCCAACCGUUGCAGCAUUUCUGGUCAACAUAACAACCACAAUGAGCGUGAUGAACUGAUUGCCAGCGAACGUAAACUACAAGUCCUCGUGGAUGACCUUCGGGAGACGAUGCGGCAUCAGCAAGACACCUUCGCUCACGAAAAAAAAGAACUGCUUCGCCGGUUAAGCGAGACGGAACGCCAGCAAGGUUCUUUGCGCCAAAAGAACAAACAGGUCUUGACCCGCAACGUUCACCUGACUGUCAAGAGCCAAGAUUUAGCUGAAACAGUUAAGAACCUCAAACAAGUUCAACAACCAGCCGGCGCAAUGUCGACGACACCCGACACCACUAAUUUGAAAAGAAGCUUGACAAGACCCAACGUGAAUCAACUAGGAUCGCCAUCCAAGAAUGACAAGCAGCGCAGGAUGGAGUACGUCCAACAAAUCCAAAAAUUACGCAAAGAGCAACGCUACUACUCCAUGUGGGAAUUGCCGCCGCUGCUUGAAGUAGACACGGAUGGCCUGGGCUCUGAUGGCAACGCUGACUCGGAUGGUUCCUUGUCCCCCGCUGCUACCUCGGGCGUUACAUCCUGCUCGUCCGAUUCGGCCUGGAGCGAGGACACGCGACGCGAAUUGGAAGUGUUGUUCUCACAGCUGUCGCGUGAACAUUCCGACCUGCAGCGCAACUACCAACUGCUCCACGAGAAGCUGCGCCAGCUGACGUGUUUUUCGGAUGCCGAUGCUGCUAAUGUCAACUACGCCACGCUGCAAGCCGACUACAAUGCGGCCAGGGCCAGAAUCCGCGAUCUGGAAGAGAUCCUGCAGUUGAAGAACAGCCGUGAACGAGAGGCCAGUGAUGGCGUCAACGCUGGACGUCCGACCGUUGUCCCGUCCCUACUGGAAAUCCAGGCCAAGUUUCUCCGCGAGAAGCAUAUCCAGCAAACGCAAAUGGCCAUUCUGGUUAAACGUCUAGAAGAGGCCAAAGAGCGGCACCAAUCCGUGCAAGCUGAAUUGAGUGAAGCACGAGAUCAGAACGAGUUGCUCGAGUUCCGCAUCUUGGAGCUGGAAGAGAUGCAAGAAAGGGCCCCGUCACAAUGCUCGACUGACCAACGAGACCGUAAGGACGUGUGCACCGACACGGAUUCUGAUGAUGUGUCGGUGGGUGAUUCAGGCAUUACAUCGCUCGCUUCACUGAUGGUCGAGUGUCCAUCACCAGUCUUGCCCAGGAGCCCGUGCAGUAGCGGAUCGUCUUUGGACUCUGAUUAUUUAGGCGAAAAGAUCUCGUCAGUCAAAGCAGAACUUCAGCUGAUGGUUUCUUCGCUAAACGAUCCGUCCCAGAAAAGCGUGCUGGCCCAGCUUCAGGCACUCUUGGGCGUGUGCCAGUCUCGGCUGGCCCACAAGAGCCCCAACACCAGUGAGGCAUGUACCACUAACUGGGAUUGGCAACUGCAGGAGAGCGGCAUCUUCGAAGAAGAUCAUCACAGUUCUGUCGAUGCAUCCACGCAGACAGAAUCGGUUCACUGUGAACAACAAAACGGGGAUGUCAGCAUCCGGGUAACCAUCCCGUUACCACUUUGCGGCCGUGUCAUGGAAGAUAAGGAAGUUCAGAUAGAUUCGAUCGAAAUGGAUCACAAAUUCGUGCAAGCAGUUGCCAAUGUCCAGGAUUUUGCGACUCAGACUGACCCUAUUAUUAACGACAUCUUCAACGGGGAGAAGAAAACGUAUCAAGAUCAGGCAGUACAGUCGUCUGAACAACGGCAGGACGUCAUGGAGGGAUUCUGUCAGACUGAAGGAGAAGUUAUGACUCUGGCCGAAUUUCGCGAUGUUGAAAGCUACUAUGUCCAGCAGAUUGAAAUCCUGCAGAAAGAGAAGGCCAGUCAUCGCAAAAAGUUCCAGGCCAGCCGGGAUGAAACGAGCAAAUCGGUGCAACAGCUGGAACUGUUGGGCCGUCAGUUUCAAGAGCGCGAAAGGCAAUUCGAAGAGAUCUUGCAGAAGAAUUGUCGGGCAUUUGAGCGGGAACUUGAAAUGGCUCGUGAAUUAAACAGUAACGAGCUCUCUACGCUGAAAGAGUGUCUCCAGCUCGUCUGGCACGAAGUCAAAGACUACGCCAAUGUGACCGACAUGCCCAAAACAUCGGUCAUGGAGUUCACUCAGGCGCUGAUCAGUUCCCUUCAUGGAAUAUGCAGUGAGUUGGGCCAACUGAGAGUCCGUGUAGUCGAUCUCGCCGAGAUGGAACAAGCCUUCCAGACGACGUUGCGACAGGCUGACGGUUUAGUUCACAGUAUGGAAGAAAAACAUUUGCAGCGUAUCCGAGAGCUAGAGCUAACAGAAAAGCAUCUAAGGAGUCAGCUCAGUCAACAAGUUGGACGUCAUUUAGACGACGAUAUGGAUGGAAGUCUUGAAAUCAAAAUCCAAGAACUGGAGAAUGAGAAGGAUGCCCUGUCGUUGCAAGUCGGUAAGUGCCAAGAGUUGGAAGACUAUUGCCAGCAGCUUCAUGGCCGGCUAGAAGAAUACGAACACCGUGAACGAAGUUUCCAUCAAGCCGUUCAGGACGCGGAGCGCCGCUUCUCCUCCAGAGAGCAAAGAUAUCGUGAAGAAAUCCAGCUGAUGCAAGCAGAAUUAGAAAAGUGUCGCGAAAAUGAAACGACGUGGCGUCAACGACUGGAGCAUAGAGAUGGUCAAUUAGGCCUAAUGAGGAACGAACUAGAAGCCGAACAAAAGACCAUUGCCAGCCUAGAGUUAGAAGUCAAGGAGCUGCAAUCUAAAUUAGACAAGGACGACACCUCCUUCAGAAACGAGGUGACCAAGUUGCGUUCGCAGCUCACUACCUCCCUGGCACAGUUGAAUGAGCUCGAAUCACUCAACUGUCAACUUCGUGAGAAAAUCGUCGAAUAUCAGAACACGAUUUACUCUCUGCAGAGGAGUCUGGACGAAAAGAACUGCCAGAAUGGAACCUUGGCGGCUGAAAAUAGCCGACUAGCGCAGGCUCAGAUGGAAAUGAUGAGCAUGUCGAUGGUCGCCUUGGGCAAGCCCUUAACUGAGGAGCUCCUGGAAAUUGAGUCGGACGAGGGUUGCAUGUCAUCCGACCCUGUCGUUGUAGCGGACGCAGCUGCCGCUUCGUUGGACGACUUCCAAGAGAUUUCGUUGCCUACCACGCCCACUGUAGUAGAUGGCUGUAACAACGUCUUCGAGGAACACUUCAAAGUGCUCGAGUCGUUAGAGAAUUAUUUGGAAUCGCAGCAUCUAAUUGGGGCAACAAUGGAGGAUAACGACGAGUCGGGAAUUUCCACAUCACCUUCCAUCCACGAGAACGAGAACUUAGCGCUGUUGGAAGCUCAAUUGGCACAGCUUCGAACCGAAAAGCACUUUUUGCUCAAUUCGGUAGUCAACAGUCAGAAGAAAGAUGAAGUGAUUCAGAUCCUGGUUGACCAACUCAAAUAUAAUGCACCUCGUCAGUACCUGAUUGAGACGGCGGCGCAUAUUCGCAAAAUUGCUACAAAUGGCGAUUGCGACACGAGUCAACAUCGCACGCAUGAUAAAGAUAUCGAUCGGGUUUGCAAUAUGCUGGAAGCCCCUAUCGAUCUGGCCGAUGUAACAACUGAGGGUUGCAGCCUUAUACCCCAACAGCCUUCGGCGUCACCUAACUGCAAUUAUGAUGUUGUCAUCCCCCAUAAUAAAGUAGUCCGUCGCCAGACAACCAUAACCGUUCUGCCCGAGGAGGAUCCUCUUCUUUCCCCACCCUCUGAUCUUAAAAUUACACGCAAGGUCGGCAAAGAUGGACUUGUGAUAGCAUGGCUACCUUCCCCAGACUCCGAAUGCGUGGGAUAUUUAAUCUGCGUCAACGGCCAAGAAGCUCAUAGAGGGCGAAAUGCCCAGAGGACGAAAGCGGUGUUGAGCGGCUUAGACUUGCAUAGCGAGAUGGAUAUUUGUAUUUACUCACUGUCCAUCGACGGGCUUGUAUCCAGCCCGACUACCACUCUCUACUUGCCCGAUGAACGAUUAGCAGUCCCUGAUGUAGCCAAUCAUCACGGUCACGCUGGCGACUCGGAAUCGGCUGAGCCGACCCAGACCGUCGAGGUGAGCAGUCCGCGUGAGGUGGUGGUUCAGACGUUUUAUACCAACUCCUCCGUUACCGUCAGGUCGUCGCGCAGGGUAAUCGCCCCUGUUGCUCACGCAUCCCGCUUACCAGUUCGACCGACUUGCGUGCCGUGGAUUUGUGAAAUGGCAGCGCAAGACGUUGACGAUUUUCUAGAUGAUGAGCUAGUAAAUCAAUUUAUUAUUUUUCCACCUGAAGUAAUCGCAGCGAUCGAUCUGGUUUUUCCUAGUCAGGACCCCUUGGACAGAGCUGAUUUCAAUCCAAUUGAUUACAUAAAUAACUUAUUCCCUACAGAACAAUCCCUAUCUAAUAUAGAAGAAGUAAUUUCUGAUUUUCAAGGAAAAAUACAUAGCUUGGAUUCAGACAUAAAGUCAUGCAUCCACAGCCAAAGUGGCGUCUCUGCUGAUGGUGCAGCAGCCUUAGAGGAAGCCCAAAUAGCAAUUGCCCAAUUAUUUGCACGCAUCAAGGACAUCAGGGCUAAAGCUGAAAAAUCUGAACACACUGUUCGAGAAAUAACAAGAGACAUCAAACAGCUUGACAUAGCCAAGAGAAACUUAACAUCUGCAAUAACAACACUUAACCAUUUGCAUUUUCUUGUCUUUGGAGUGGACCAAUUGCAAUCUCUUUGUCAGAAGAGGCAAUAUUCUGAGAUUGCCAGUCUUCUGCAAGGCGUGAAUCGGGUAAUGGAACAUUUUACGCCCUAUUUAGAUAUUCCGCAAGUAAAACAACUGGCCGCCCAACUGGAACAAAUCGAGAAAAGUCUUGGCGACCAAAUUUCAAGCGAUUUUAAAGAAGCUUUCUCAGGCACCGGCCCGAAACAACCAUCCACACUUACCCAGCUUAGCGAGGCAUGCUCGGUGCUCAAUGUAAUCGAGCCUAGAUUCAAGCGGGAAAUAAUUCGUUGGUUCGUGUCCCUUCAAUUAGUUGAAUACAGCCACUUGUUCCAAGAGUCGGAGGAAAACGCAUGGCUGGAUCGAAUCGACCGGCGAUAUGCUUGGAUAAAACGUCAUCUUCUUAACUUUGAGGAACGGAUGGGUCGAAUCUUUUCACAAGACUGGGAAAUGAGCGAGCGCAUUGCUGUCGAAUUCUGUCUUCUCACAAGGAAUGAAUUGACAAAGAUAAUGGCUAAACGAGUGAAUGAAAUCGAUGUUAAACUCCUUUUGUUCACCCUACAGAAAACUACUCAGUUUGAAGAACUUCUAUCACGAAGGUUUACAGGCGCCUCCAUGGAAGAGGUCAUAUCAUCUGAAACUUCGAGCAAAAAAAUCGAAAGUACCAAUCCUUUUGAAGAACCCCAUGGGAAGAAUCCCUUUGAAGAAGAUGAAGAACCUGAAAAACCAAUUCCUCCUACCCAAACUCAACUCACGACGGCUGAAUCGCUCACGGUUUCGCCAUUCCACGGACUAAUUAGCCGCUGCUUUGAAAGCCAUCUCAACAUCUUUGUUGAUAGUCAAGACAAAAACAUGGCUGAGUUGAUCGAUCGAUUUGUCGCAGACUUGAAAAUUCAAGGCCCUUCACUAGCCCAAGCAGAAAUCGAAGGUUGCUGUGUCUUACCUUCAUGCGCAGAUCUUUUUGUCUUCUACAAGAAAUGUCUCCUGCAGUGCGCUCAAUUAAGUACAGGCCAACCUAUGCUUUCUUUGACAUCUGUGUUUAAGAAAUACCUUAGAGAGUAUGCAUCAAGAUUGCUUCAGAGUAACUUACCAAGAUCAAACAAUGCCAGUUCGAUGACGCCGGUUCUACCUAUGAGCAUGAGUAGCUUGACAAAAGAUUUCACCAGGGAAUUACGUGAUCUGAGCUCUGGUGGUGCUGCUGGCUUAAUUCAAAAUUUCCAGAGUCUGCUCAAGGAAGGUGACAUGUCCAGCACUUCACCUAAAUACAACAAAGAUGAUAUUGCACGAAUCUGCACUAUCUUAACGACGGCGGAGUAUUGCCUCGAAACCACUCAGCAGCUAGAAGGAAAACUUAAAGAAAAAGUCCAGCCAGCUUUGGCUGACAAAGUUGAUCUCGGAUCCGAGCAGGAUCUCUUUGGAAGUGUCAUCAGCCAGUGUAUUCAGCUCUUGGUAGCUGAUUUAGAGGGUGCCUGUGAACCGGCACUCGUAACCAUGGCAAAGACCGCUUGGCAAACUUGGGAAAGUGUCGGUGAUCAAUCUCAGUAUGUAACCCUAAUGACAUCCCAGUUCAAACACUACAUUCCGUUCAUACGGGACUGCCUAACGUCAUCAAGGAAAUAUUUCACGCAAUUUUGCAUGCGCUUCGUCAAUGCAUUCAUGGCCCGUUUUGUCCAACAACUUUACAAGUGCAAACCCGUUGGCGUCGUAGGAGCGGAACAGUUACUGCUGGAUACGCACAUGCUUAAAACCGCUUUGCUUGAUUUGCCUUCUGUCGGAAGUCAGGUGGCGAGGAAACCACCGGCUAGCUAUUCCAAGAUGGUUGUCAAAGGAAUGACACGCGCAGAAAUGAUACUCAAAGUAGUUAUGGACGCCUCCGACACGAAUGCUAAAUACGUUGCACACUACAUGCGCCUGUUGCCAGAAUCGGAUCCCUCUGAGUUCCAGAAAAUUCUCGAUAUGAAAGGAGUUCGUCGAUCUGAACAACAGAUACUGGUAGAGAUUUAUCGUUCCCAACAGACAAGUCAAGGAAAUAAAGAAGACAGCUCUGGUUUCUCCUCCGUUGCAACAAGUAAUACGCAAGGGUUACCUCUAAGCCCGGACCAUGAAUCGAGUCGCAUAAAAAAACUCGAAAAGCUUAUAAAACGGCGUCUUUAAUUGCCAAAAUGUUAGGUUAACGUUAACCGUAUAGCCUUUUUCGGUUCUAGAUACUACAACUUAGAUGUUAUCCAUAUAUUUAUCAUAGCUCAAAGGCUAAUGCGUUGGUAUAGAAAGAUUAAAUUCUCGGGUUCAGUCUCCACGAGAGAAAAGUCGUGUUAUUAUCUAUCUGAAUUGCAGAUGAUCAUAUUACCAUUUGCGUGUAAAAGGAAGGCAUAUUUUCAUAACCUAUCUUGAAUGAAUUUUCCAUUUUUGUUAUAUGUGUUGCCUCCAGAUGACAUCCAGGUACAGUCUAUGAAUACAUGUAACUCAUGGCUCUAUGGUUGAGCAUCGGCGUGCUUUACCGAAGGUGUAGAGUUCGAAUCCUGA